AUAUACUUUUUAUUUUACUAUUUGAUACCUAUAUCCUUGGCAUCAAGCGAAGCGGUGGUUUACCCUCCUAUCCUAUAUUCCUAACCAAAUUUUACCUUUCACCUCUGAGUUAUAUUCUCACGUGAAAUCGUAUCGAACCGCUAAGCUGCCUCGUAAUAGCACUUCUCGGUAGUGGCUUUAUGAUUCCAUAUUCAAUUUGAAUAAAACGCUAAUAUUUUAGAUUAUAUAGUUUUUUUUUUUCAUAAAGCGACCGAGGUGGGCUGUUGAGGUUUUCUAACUCCCGACACUGAAAUGUUGAUAAAACAUAUUUUACGAGCAUAUCAGUGAUAUCCCCCUGCCGCAUCUAACAGCAAAUUUAUUUCAGAAAAGUGAUAUACAAUGUUCAAUAUUAAAAUAUAUUUUUGAUGUCGAGUUAACAAUUUUAAUCCGUCUUAGUACAAAGUAUACAACAGUGAUAGUAUAAAAGUGUUAAAGUGCAGAAAACAAUUCAGUGGACAAUAUGAACUAAAAGUGUUAAUGAUAAAAUGUUAUCAAAGAUAACUCAAACACAUGGCUCAGGAAUGUUUUGUGCAAAAAGUGUUAAACUAAAAACGAUAUGGGAUGACUCAUAGUGGGAAAUGUUAUGUUCGACCCGUUUUCCGUACCAAAGAUGAUGCACGAAAUCCACGACAAUGUGGGAGGAAACACAAACGGCGUGAUGGAGGAAAACGAGGACGGUGGGAAUGGGGCUGUCGAGGUCGAUAUGGAGUGCGCCUCACUCGUGCUGCCUCCUGACCUCCCCCCGUACUCGGGCGACUACAUCAUUAGCGAUUACAUGGAGCGCCUGGGGACGAGACUAAAUAUUUUAGAAACAGAACUAAAAUAUGCCUGGCGAGCAUUAGAUCUAUUAAGCCAAGAAUACGUGAGAAUGUGGGAUCGUUUGGAAAGAUUGGAAGCUUUACUAGCUGACCAACAAGGAGUUAUAUCUACUCUCCUUGACUUUUAUGCUUGUCGAAAUGUGGGGUCUAGAGAUCCCAUGACACGGCUCGAGGUGAUAAGAGAAAUUUUAGGAAACGGCACAGUCGAAGAUGGCAUUGAAGAGGGACUGGAUAUUGGACGAAGUGCAGCGCUACUCGAAUCACAAGAGGAAGCGAUGGAAUCAAACGAGGCUUUUUAUAGAAGUCUAAAUCAAGCAUACAGAGAAGAUUUAGUAUGUGAUGAAACAUCGAGGCCUCAAUCACAGUUAGAUAUGAUAUGGGAAGCUCCUGAAGAUAACGAAAUUGAACUUCACCAUCCAGCGUCAUCGAGACAAAUUUUUAGCGCUACAGAUUAUAAAGACUACUGUGGAAUUCAAGGUGGUCCUGAAAUAAAUGAAAGAGAUUUAGUUCAUUUAUCUACCUUAAGUACAAUAGAUCAAAUUACUGUAGAUAAGUUACAAGAAUUAGAUAGGCUAACAUCACAAUUACAUAAGGAUUCGAGAGAGUUAAAAGACUUGAAAACUAGACUUCUUAGUCCAGAAACAAAAAUUUCAUCAAAACAUGAUAGAGAUAUAGAAGCUAAAGCGUUAGUUGAAGAUGGCAAUAUUAUUAAUGAGCAAUUGAAAAGCAUGUAUACUGGAGUUGAGAAUUGGGGAAUUAACGAUAUGAUGAAAAGUUUUGAUGAUUUUGUAUUAUCUGUACCAAAAGAUAAUGUGAGAGAUAAAUCACCAUCAAGGAUGUCAUUAAGUGAAAGCACAGGCCCAGAUAGAACGUUAGAUUAUUUACCUCAAUCUCUUUCUCCCCGUCGAAAGUUUGUACCUGAAAGAACUUCCACAGAACCUUAUACUACAGUCACGGGUCGAUUAGCAUAUAGUUCAGCAGUGGCGAAUGCAGAAAUUAAUGCAGCUAAAUCAAAAUCACCGAGUGCCAUGUCAAGGGACCGAUUUGAAUAUAGCUCGACGUAUCAGACAGAGGAAGAUGUUAGACAAAAUUAUUACAGUACAAAAAAUAUACCACAAACGCUAAAUGAUAUGUAUAAAAUGACGACAGACCAACCUGGUCAUGAAAUAUACGAUGAACCAACCAAUGAAAGAUUAGGUGCUAUUUAUGAUGAAGGUAGGUUACGAAAGUCUCCUAGUCCACCACCACCUGCACCACCGAAUGGCGCAGCACUAUUUAAUUUAAUGCAAAAUAACCAGGACUUAUCGUCUCAUGCCAUGCUUUCAGCAGCAGCAACCCAACAACUACCCCACGAUAAUAUGCGACUAAGUCCUCGAUCUCCGAAAUCUCCUAAAACUUCACCAAAACACAUUAAAAGAGAAAAUAAUAAUAUCGUGGCUGCUAAAUCAGACUCAGGCUUGUCUUCUAUGAGUGGGUGGUCCAGCUUGGAAAAGAGCCCAGGCUCUCCAAAAACGAGUAGAACAAGUCAUAAUGUACUAUACGAUAUGCACAAAAUAAGGGUACCUUCACCACAAUCUAUACAAAGGUUAUCUUAUGACAUUGAUUCUAAACCAUAUUUAGAAACUUUGGUAGAUUCAUAUACAUACGAUGCUAAAAAUUUAAAUGAUCAAGAACUAUCGAGAAAUUCAGAACUUGUUGCGAAAAGUCAAUUAGAAAUAAACGAGUUACAAGACAAAGUAGAUGCAGCUCUAAUAAAACAAAAUGUAACAUAUACAAUUCCUCAAAAUUCUAUAAGUAACAUCGGCGAAUACUAUUAUAGCCACGAUAAUGCGUCAAUUUACUCCGUAGCUGGUAAUAGACAACCAAUUUUUACAACUGUGUACAGUACACCAAGAGGAAUUCAUUCAGAGGAUAAUAAUUUUUCCCAAUUAAUAGAUAGAAAUGAAAUUUCAGAAAAUGUUCCUAAAGAUGUGGACUCAUAUCCACCAGAACCAAGCUAUCAUGCUCAAACAGUUGUGUCAAUGAAUGCCAGUAAAAAACCUAUAACAAGAGCUAGCACAAUGGGUUCAAAUGAUGCUAUGUUUUACCAAAAUGGAUACAAAGUAGCAUCAAACCAUCGUUCUGGCUACCCGCCAGGUAAUCUUACGGAUGCUCUUUCUUAUUAUCCUACAUCGAGUCGAUAUGAUUCUCCAAAGCGCCCAUCUCUUGAAGAUCGAAUUUCAUGGUCUGAAAACAGAUCGCCCACUAGCUCUAUGGAAACUUCCAGUUUGAAAUCUCAUUCCUUGAACAUAUCUGAAAGGAAGCAAUUUCAAAAUCAAUUGCAACAAGAGUAUUUCAAGCAACAACAAUAUGAUCAAAGGAAUGGUAAUGUUAUGAACGAAAUUCAAGGAUAUGACAAACAAAUUUUAGACCAUAAUAAACUAAGAAAAGACAAGUUUAUCGACUCUAGUGGAGUACUUGUGUCUGAAUCUGGUUAUUUGUCAAUUUCUAGCAAUUUUAGAGGAAAAUCACAGGACAAGCAGAGCAAAAAACCAAAACGUACGUCAUCAUUAAAAUCAGCAAUGUCUUCAAUGAGCCACUGGCUUCCAGAUUUACAUUUACCUAAGAAACAUAGGUCUCACUCACUUCCUUCUGGAGUGGACUCAGUUGAAGAAACUCAACAAGAAAAAUCAUUAAAAGAAAGAAUAUUAUCAGCACAACGACGAAAAAAGAAAUAUCAUUUAGUCGCUUCCAUGUCAGGGCUUUUACAAAAGGCAAGGAGAAAACAGCAAGCGAGUCAUCAAUCGCUUUCUGAUCCAGAGACAUCCGAAACAGAAUGGUCAGGAGGGAGAUCGAGUGCACAAUCAGAGGAUAGUGAUAGCGUAUUUUCCGAUUCCAUACACGAGGGCAAUAUGUUUGCUAAGGUUGCGUCUAAGCCAAAGCAAAGGAAAGUAAAUCACCAGGAAAUAAUUGAACAACAACAGAAAAUACAAGAAGUACAACAGCAGCAAAGAAUUGAAUAUGAAACCGACGAAAAUGAAUGCAUUAUUGAAGAAAAUGAUAAAUAUCCAAUUUCUAAUGCACUACCCCGCGAUAAAAGUGAUGAUAUUGAUUUUCAUUUUGCCAGAGUUAGUCAAAUGAAAAGUGAUAAUAUAUCUGAAUUAGAAAAAUUAGAUAUCGAUACUGACAUUUCAAACGUAGACCCUUACGAAGAAGAAAAAGAAGAUAAUCGAUCCCCUGCUUCUUUAUUUGCUACCAUUGGCGAUGUAAAGAAAUCUACUACGUCAUCUGAAGAAGCAACAAGUGAACAUAAUCAAUCUUAUAAUGGAAGCUCACAAGAAUUCGCAGUUUCCAGGGCGUUAGGAAAAUAUAGACUUCGUAAGUCAUCAUCUGUAUCUGACGAGCAAACACCAGAUAUAUCACCACCUAAAAUGAGUGAAAGUAUCGAGGAAAGUACCAGUGAACCACCGGUAGUAACGAAAAAUAAUAAAAUAGCAAGAACAAGCCCUCCUGAAAUUAUAAAUGUCAGCACAGAUGAAUCUGAAAUUCAAUCGGAACGUAGCCCUUCUAUUCAAAAUAGUAGAUACAUACAAAAUAAAUUCCAAACAAGACAUCAACAGAGUUUAGAAAUUCCAAAUAAGCAUGAUGAUGAAGAUUGUAGAAGUACUCAUUCGUGGAGAAGUGGAUCUCGAGUUUCCUCACGAAGGCAGAGUACGGAAGAUAGUAUUGAUUCUGAAGACGAAUGGUAUUGUUACGAAUUGCGAAAAUUAGAGGAAAUGGAACAUCAAUCCCAAUUAGAAAUGGAUAGAGAAGAGCCCUUACACGAGGAACCUGAAAUUGAAGAAGAAUAUGCUAACGAGAAAAAAGAAAUUUUAAAAGAAAAAAUGUCGUAUGUACUUAGGGAACUUAAAUUAAAGACUGCAAACAUCAAAUUGAAGUGUGACGAAGAACAAACAGAAGAAACUUGGAAAGAAGUAACAACGUUUCCUAAGAUCGACGAAAAAAGUGAAGAACCGUUGUCUGACAAAGAGAGUGAUGACGAAAAGUCAUAUGCAGACUCUGGUUCCGGAGAAACUUCAGGACCCGAUAGUCCUGUUCAAAGUGGUGACGAAUUUGACGAUGAUUAUGACCUUCCAAAAGUGCAACAGGAAGCCGUCCCUGCUGAACCACCAUCACAACCUUCAGAUGCUCCUGUUGGCAGCAAAUGGAAACUACUAAAAGCUUUAAAAGAUAGAAAAGCUGAAGAAAAAACUGCUGAGGCACCACCAGUAUCGACUCCUUCUACCGAAAAGGACAAAGUCAGUGCGGGCAAUGGCACCGGCGGUUUCAACGAGCAAGGUGGUCGUGGCAAUGGGCAUCCGGGGGACAACCCUUUCUACAGCAACAUCGACAGUAUGCCUGAUAUUCGACCAAGAAGGAAAUCUAUUCCUCUUGUAUCGGAACUUGUUCUCAAGACAAUGGCUGCCACCAAACGAAAUGCGGGCUUGACAUCAGCUGUGCACCGAGCGACGCUCAAUGACGAAGAAUUGAAAAUGCACGUAUACAAGAAGACGUUGCAAGCUCUCAUCUACCCGAUCUCUUCGACAACGCCGCACAACUUCGUUCUGUGGACAGCAACUUCCCCGACCUACUGUUACGAGUGUGAAGGCCUCCUCUGGGGGAUCGCCCGACAAGGAGUCCGUUGCACCGAGUGCGGGGUCAAAUGUCACGAGAAAUGCAAAGACCUGCUCAACGCAGACUGCUUACAGAUGUGUUUCGCAGGGGCCGCUGAAAAGUCUUCGAAACAUGGCGCCGAGGAUAAGGCCAACUCUAUAAUCACCGCCAUGAAGGAACGGAUGAAACAGCGGGAAAGGGAUAAGCCAGAAAUAUUUGAAUUGAUCAGACAAGUGUUCGGGAUCGAAGCGGAUGGGCACUCGGCACACAUGAGCACCGUGAAGCAGUCUGUCCUGGACGGCACAUCCAAAUGGAGCGCCAAGAUCGCUAUCACAGUUAUCUGCGCCCAAGGGCUGAUCGCCAAAGACAAGAGCGGGACCUCUGACCCGUACGUCACGGUCCAGGUCAGCAAGGUCAAGAAGCGCACGAGAACAAUGCCGCAGGAGCUCAACCCAGUGUGGAAUGAAAAAUUUUACUUCGAAUGUCAUAACUCCUCCGAUCGGAUAAAAGUACGAGUGUGGGACGAGGACAACGAUUUGAAGUCCAAACUUCGACAGAAGUUGACGAGGGAGUCGGAUGACUUCUUGGGUCAAACCAUUAUCGAGGUGCGGACUCUAUCAGGUGAGAUGGACGUAUGGUACAACCUGGAGAAGAGAACAGACAAGUCGGCGGUGUCAGGCGCCAUCAGGUUGCACAUCAACGUGGAGAUAAAGGGAGAGGAGAAGGUGGCACCGUAUCACGUCCAGUACACCUGCUUGCACGAGAACCUCUUCCACUACUUGUGCGAAGAGAACGGUGGUGCCGUCACUCUGCCUGCUGCGAGAGGAGACGACGCCUGGAAGAUCUACUUCAAUGAGAACCCUGAAGAAAUAGUAGAUGAGUUCGCCAUGAGAUACGGCAUCGAGGCCAUAUACCAGGCUAUGACUCACUUUCACUGCCUCUCAACGAAGUAUCUUUGUGCUGGUGUACCCGCCGUCAUGUCCACUCUCCUGGCUAACAUCAACGCGUACUACGCACACACUACCGCAUCAUCCGCUGUAUCGGCUUCCGACAGAUUUGCUGCUUCUAAUUUCGGGAAAGAGAAGUUUGUGAAACUCCUGGAUCAGCUGCACAACUCCCUGCGGAUAGAUCUGUCCAUGUACAGAAACAACUUCCCAGCCUCAAGCGCGGAGAAACUCAUGGACCUAAAGUCGACGGUGGACUUACUCACCAGUAUCACUUUCUUUAGAAUGAAGGUCCAAGAAUUGAGCAGUCCCCCGCGCGCCAGCACCGUCGUCAAAGACUGCGUGAAGGCUUGCCUUAGAUCUACAUAUCAAUUCCUAUUCGAAAACUGCUACGAGCUAUACAACAGGGAGUUCCAGGUCGAUCCCAACGAAGCGAAGCGAGAUCCUUCAGACCAUGGACCACAGCUUGACUCUGUGGACUUCUGGCACAAACUGAUCGCGCUAAUAGUCUCCGUGAUAGAGGAAGAUAGGAACAGCUACGCGCCAGUUCUGAACCAGUUCCCGCAAGAGCUGAAUAUUGGCCAGCUGUCAGCGGCGACGAUGUGGUCGUUGUUCGCGGUGGACAUGAAGUACGCGCUGGAGGAGCACGAACAACACCGCCUGUGCAAGUCCUCCGCCUACAUGAACCUGCACUUCAAGGUGAAAUGGCUACACACGAAUUACGUGAAGGACGUCCCUCCGUACUGCGGCGCGGUGCCCGAAUACCCCGCCUGGUUCGAGCCCUUCGUCAUGCAGUGGCUCAACGAGAACGAUGACGUGUCACUGGAAUACCUAAAUGGAGCGUUCAACAGAGACAAGCGGGAUGGGUUCCAAAAAUCGAGCGAACACGCGCUAUUUAGUAACUCGGUGGUGGACGUUUUCACGCAACUGACUCAGUGCUUCGACGUGGUGUCGAAACUCGAGUGCCCCGAUCCGGAGAUAUGGAAGCGGUACAUGAAGAGGUUCGCAAAGACCAUCGUCAAGGUGCUGGUGGCGUAUGCUGAUAUCGUCAAGAAGGAGUUCCCGGAACAUCUGAAAGAGGAAAGAGUGGCCUGCAUAUUAAUGAACAACAUACAACAGCUUCGUGUGCAAUUGGAGAAAAUGUUUGAAGCGAUGGGUGGUGCGAAGUUGGAACGAGACGCAGCGGAUAUUCUGCACGAUUUGCAGCAGACUCUCAACACUACGCUCGACCAGCUAGCAUCAAUGUUUGCUAACAGCUUGGAAACAAGAAUAACAGCCAGUGUAAAGGAAUUGGGAGAACUGCUACAGAAGGUUGGUGGAGGAAACACUGCGCCUGGCGUACAACAGCCUCCAGCACAUCACGAGGCUGACGAAGUGUUACGACCACUCAUGGAUAUAUUGGAUGGUUCAUUAACAAUGUACGCGGAGUCUUGCGAGAAGACAGUGUUGAAGCGACUAUUGAAGGAGCUAUGGAAGAUCGUUAUGAAGAUACUCGAAAAGACUGUUGUACUGCCACCAAUGACGGAUAAGACGAUGAUGCUGAAGAAUCUAACGAACAAUGCUAAGAACUUAGCAGCAAACGCAAAGAUUGAGGACAUGACGCAACUUUUCAAGAGCACAGUCGGUAAACAGGACGUAAAACAUGCUCUGUCUGGUGUCAUGGAUAUAUCCAAGGAGCAUUUAUCAGCAGAGAAGAGUUUAACACCGAAGCAAUGCGCAGUUCUUGAUGCGGCGUUGGAUACCAUCAAGCUAUACUUCCACGCAGGAGGCAAUGGUCUCAAGAAGACAUUCCUGGAAAAGAGUCCAGAAUUGCAGUCGUUGAGAUAUGCGCUAAGCUUGUAUACACAGACCACGGACACGUUAAUACGAACGUUUGUGACCAGCCAGCAGCAGCUCGAUGCCCCAGUGGCUGAGGCUGGAACUAUUGGAGAAGUUUCCUUACAAGUAGACUUGUUCACGCAUCCAGGCACUGGUGAACAUAAAAUUACUGUCAAAGUGGUCGCUGCAAAUGAUCUGAAAUGGGUUAUUGCCAGUGGUAUGUUCCGUCCGUUUAUCGAAGUCAACCUGAUUGGUCCACACCUAGCAGACAAAAAGAGGAAGUUUGCUACUAAAUCGAAAAGCAACAAUUGGAGUCCGAAGUUUAAUGAAACUUUCCAUUUUAUGGUUAGCGCAACCGAGCAGCUAGAAUUAUUUGAGUUGCACGUUUGCGUACGAGACUACUGUUUCGCCCGAGAGGACCGUUUGGUGGGCGUGGCCGUGAUGCGCCUCUAUGAUAUGGUCGAACAGACGUCCUGCGCAUGCUGGCUGCCGCUCGGCACCAGAGUGAAAAUGGACGAAACCGGAUGGACGAUACUGAGAAUACUCUCGCAGAGACACAACGAUGAGGUCGCGAAGGAAUUCGUGAAGCUCAAAUCGGAGAUGCGGGCCGAAGCGCCGGCCGGGGGACCGACGCAGGGCCCCUCGUGAGAACCGCAAGGAUCCUGCCGCGUGACUUCGAAUAUAUAGGGUUCUACAACUGGACAUGGUUGUGAUAGCGAGCUCGUUGUACUGAGGCGACGGUUCGAGGACGAAACCUCGCUCCGGCCGCUGGGAUCGGCCCAGUCCUUCAAAGCGAGGUCGAAGCCGGGACUCGCGACACACUCGGCGCUCCGGCCGUUCUGGUCAGUGCUCGUUUCGUUUCGUCGACAGACAAUUUUGUAAAUAAACUUUAUGGUAUUAAGUUACGCGAGUAGAAUAUUUUGCACAAAUUUAUAAUCGUUAGCAAAAAAAAGACUGACCGUAGGCGGCCGGGCGUCUCAUCGUCCGCCGAUAUUUAGGUAUUCAGCAAAAUAGAGUUUAUUUCAUAUUUUGCUACUACUAUUUUCGAUGUUUCCAUGCACAAAAACCAUCCCGAGUGAAUCUCUUUCGUUUCAGAUUCGAUCGUCUGAGAUCUGCCCUUCUUGUAUUUGCUGAAUCCCUAAAGUCGUGUGUGGACUUCGACACACGCGUUUAAUUAACUAUUAUGGACCAAACUGUCGUACUACGGACGCAUUACCUACUCCUUACUCCCUAAUGUAACAUUUAUCUAAUCAUCUCAUUGUAUAUGUACAGUCAGUAAUGUAUGGCCUUAAGUAAAGUAUUCAUUUGGUUCGGUAUGUGCUUCUGUGGGGGUGCGUUGUGUGUGUGGGCGCGUCUUUGUAUGGGUAGGUCGGGAGUCGUGCACGUAGGGAUGAAUGUUCUAUAAGUAAGUAGUAUGGUGUAUGGACGUCACUAGCCCUCGCGUCCACUGGGUGACCGCAUUGUAAUAUGUGAUCUAAUAUAGUCAUGUAAAUAUCGUGCUGUUUAAAAUAUUAUAACACGUUUUUGCCCUUAAUUUUUACGCUUCUCUGUUUAAUCAUUGUUAUCUAAAGGUUUCCGUCUUUCUGUAUAUUGAAAAUUGUGAUAUUGUUAUUAAAUGAGAUAUCUACGUCAUAUUGUCAUGAACUGACAUCGUAAUGUUCGUACAUGUUGUUGUUUGUGAUAUUCAUUUGUUUCACCCUCAUUUGAUAGACGUAACAUUUGUAAAGCCUAGGCUUGUGUUCCUAAACUACGUUAGUACACUGGACAUUAAGAUUUGACGUAGCGUUUGGCUGUAAUUUUAGACAAUCAAGCGAGCUUCGGCUAUUCUACAGGAGUAUGGCCGAUACAUAACAAAAUCUCCUCCAAAAAUAAAAUCAUCUACUCGGCUGAUAACUUACGCAAGGUUCUGUGUUUGUCUGAUACGUUAGAAAAAUUAUUUUAUAGACAAAUGCUGCAAACCUGUAUAGUUUAUUUGCCAAACAAAUGUUUUUAUGAUCAGUUAAGGGUUAAGAAACGCGACAACUUGUAUGCCACAUGACGUCAAAUUGAACUGGCCAGUACACUGGUAUAGCUUAGGAACACAAGUUGGAAAUUCUAUGCUCAAAUAUUUUGUUGAUAAGUUAAUUGAUACAUAAUAAUUUGCUAAAGUUAACUAAAUGUAACAGUAAAUACUAAAUCUUGCGACCAUAAAGUUAAUAUACAUAGCGGAAUAGAGCAACAAUCUC